AUGCCUCAAGUAUACUUGCAGUCAGCUAACCAGACUUUGUGUGCAACUACAAACGGUACAGACAUGAAACCAACGCCUGAGAACGAAACCACCAGCGAGAAAUGGACUGAAGACUCCUUUCCAGGAUUAGCAAUCCUGUGCACCAUUUACGUUACAUACGCUGUGAUCAUUGCAGUGGGUCUCCUUGGAAAUGCUAUCCUCAUCCAAGUCUUUUUCAAGAUUAAAUCCAUGCAGACUGUUCCUAACAUCUUCAUCACCAGCCUGGCAUUUGGAGACCUGCUCCUCUUGUUAACUUGUGUGCCUGUAGACGCAACACGUUACAUUGUGGAUACGUGGCUCUUCGGAAGGACUGGGUGCAAGCUGCUCUCUUUCAUCCAGUUAACCUCAGUUGGAGUCUCAGUGUUUACCCUGACUGUCCUCAGUGCUGACAGGUACAGAGCCAUCGUUAAGCCCUUGGAACUGCAGACGUCUGAUGCUCUGCUGAAGACCUGCUGUAAAGCUGGCUGUGUUUGGAUUGUCUCCAUGAUCCUGGCUAUCCCAGAGGCUGUUUUUUCAGAUUUAUAUUCCUUCAGCAACCCUGACAAAAACGUAACUUUUGAGGCAUGUGCUCCCUAUCCUGUCUCUGAGAAGAUCCUGCAGGAAGCUCACUCCCUGGUUUGCUUCUUGGUGUUCUAUAUUGUACCCUUAGCUGUCAUUUCUGUCUACUAUUUUCUUAUUGCCAGAACUUUAUAUAAAAGCACUGCCAACAUGCCAGCAGAGGAACAUGGCCAUGCUCGUAAGCAGAUUGAAUCCCGCAAGAGAGUUGCAAAAACAGUGCUGGUGCUGGUUGCUCUGUUUGCCUUCUGCUGGCUGCCUAACCACAUCCUCUACCUGUACCGCUCCUUCACCUACCACACCUCCGUAGAUGCUUCCACCUUUCAUCUGAUGGCUACCAUUUUCUCCCGUGCCUUGGCCUUCAGCAAUUCCUGUGUCAAUCCUUUUGCUCUUUACUGGCUGAGCAAAAGCUUCAGGCAGCAUUUUAAGAAGCAGGUCUCGUGCUGCAUGGCAAAGUUCCGCUCCAAGCCUCCCAGUGCCCCCCACAGCAACACCCCCACCAGAGCCCUGUCCGUCACCAGCAGCAUCCAGGGCUCAGAAAUCAGCGUCACUCUGCUAACUGAUUACAGCAUCACAAAAGAAGAGGAGAGUGUUUAA